UCUCUCUCUCACACUCUCAUUAAACGAAAAAUGUCAGACGGAGGAUUAACGGUUUUGGACGGAACACAACUCAGAGCCGUCAACUUAACGUUACCGUCACCGGCCUGCAGUUCAGUCACCGGUGCUCAGGUUCUCGAUUUCGCAGAAUCUAAAGUAUCAGAAUCACUUUUCGGCUUCUCAUUGCCGGAUACUGUCAAGUUGGCUGCUCUUAACCGCAUCGGCGUUACCGAUGACGUGGAAUUCCGAUGUGAAGAGGUUGAUCCUGAAAAUGUACCGUCUUUGCUCAGGAAUUACGUCGAUGCCAUUGCCAAUCAGCUUCAAGAUGAUCCUAUAGUCGUUGCAAUUUUGGAUGGAAAAACUCUUCAAAUAUUUUUGGAAGAUGAAGAUGACUUUGCCAUGUUGGCUGAGAAUCUUUUCACAGAUUUAGACACAGAAGAUAGAGGAAAGAUCAAAAGAAAUCAAAUACAGGAUGCUCUCUUUCACAUGGGUGUUGAAAUGGGAAUUCCUCCUCUUUCAGAGUUUCCUCUAUUAAGUGACAUUUUAAAGAGGCAUGGAGCUGAAGGAGAGGAUGAAUUGGGGCAAGCACAAUUUGCCCAUCUACUUCAACCUGUGCUUCAGGAACUGGCAGAUAUUCUUGCUGAGAAGCCUGUGGUUGUACUGCAGAAAAUGAAGAUCAAUAAUGGUUCCAAAUUAAGAAAGAUUUUGGCUGAUGAAAAGCAACUAAGUGAAACAGUAGAGAAGAUAAUGCAGGAAAAGAAAGAUAGUUUAAGUAAAAAAGAUGUCAUUCGGCAUUAUCUCGAGAAAAAUGGAGCAUCAUUGGGCUUGCCACCUCUGAAGAAUGAUGAAGUGGUGAUUCUUCUAUAUGAUGUCGUAUUACUUGAUAUAGAAGAUGAAAACACCGAUGGAACAUCAGAGAAGGACGAAUUCUUGGUUUUACUGAAAGAGAUCCUUGAGAAAUUCGCUGCUCAACUUGAAGUUAACCCAACUUUUCAUGAUCUUGACAACUGAAGCUAUAUCGAGUUAUUCCAGAUAAGUUCAUAUAUUAUCGAAACCUUUGCUUUUGGUGCCAAGGCAAUAGUGUUUAGUUAUAUUAUUGCAGUAUAACAAGUAUUCAUGUGACUAAAGAUUAAUGCGACGCAUUUCAUUUGCAUCUCUAUCAUUAGAAUUUGAUUGAGCUUUA